GGAAUUAAACAUGUCGGUUUUCACUUUUAGGAACAGAUCGACUUGACUUGAUCAAUAAAACGUUUUCAAAUUCCGCGUUAGGUUGCUGAGCAAACUGUAAACAUCAAGAUUGAAAUGGAUUUUAUGGUUCAUGGUUCGCCAACACCAAGAAAUCAUGAGCGAGCUAUUCCAGGAAGUGCACGGAAUCGACCUGGGAGUGGAAGGCCGCCCAGUGCAAAGCCAACAGUAAACAGAAAUCCCAUCACUGGAGAGGAGAAACCUAUAAGUAAACCAGAAGAUAAACCCCCCAGUAGACCAGACAGCAGGCCAGCAGGGGUACCUGCUUUGAAUUUGAAGGCUUUCCAGCAUGAAGAGUAUACAGUGUCCAAACCAGUAGAAAUGAUAGACUAUCCAGACACAGGGAGGUCUGGGGUGUCUACUAUAAGUUGGGGUACCCCUUGUUCAACAGCCAGAAAUAACAUGGACAGACCUUCCAGCAGAACAGCACAUAAGAGCAGCAAGAGUGUACGACCUGACAGUGUUCCUGGUUUGUACUUUGGAUACACUGACGACAACAAACAGAAAGCAAAAGUACACAAGGAAAAACAGGUAUUGUAGGUCAAGAGAUUUUAGCCAGCAG